CAGUGUGUGUGCGGCGGCGGCGGCCACGACCCAGACAUCUGGGACUGUUGUUGUUCCUUCGCGGCGGGACCGCCUCAGUCCGUUCGCCCAGAGGGAGACCGGGAGCUGGUCUGGUGGGGAGCGGGCGGCUGCAUCCCCCUCUCUCCUGCUUCCCCAGAGCGGCGGCAGGAGCUGGCGCAAACGUCCUGCGGUUGGUCUCCGAUGCCCUUCAGUGAGGAGGGGGCGUCCAGACCCUGGUGAGCGCACCUCAGGCCCCCGCAACUCGGUGUCUUCGCCAGCCCCCCGGGCGCGCAGACCCCAGUCUGGCUGCCAUGUCUGAAAACGUGGAGGGAGACCUGAACUCCAACCUGCUCCGCGCCCCCUACCACACCGGGGACCCUCAGCUAGACACGGCCAUCGAGCAGUGGCUCCGUUGGGAUAAGAAUCCCAAGACAAAAGAGCAGAUUGAAAAUCUGUUACGGAAUGGGAUGAACAAGGAACUGCGAGAUCGUCUUUGUUGCCGAAUGACUUUUGGGACUGCGGGUCUUCGUUCUGCAAUGGGGGCAGGAUUUUGCUAUAUUAAUGAUCUUACAAUAAUACAGUCAACACAGGGGAUGUAUAAAUACCUGGAGAGAUGUUUCUCAGACUUCAAGCAGAGAGGCUUUGUCGUUGGGUAUGACACCCGGGGUCAAGUAACUAGCAGCUGCACCAGCCAGAGGCUUGCUAAACUCACUGCUGCAGUCUUACUGGCCAAAGAUGUUCCUGUGUACCUUUUUUCAAGAUAUGUUCCUACACCUUUUGUACCAUAUGCAGUCCAGGAGCUCAAAGCAGUUGCAGGUGUGAUGAUUACUGCAUCUCACAACCGCAAAGAAGACAAUGGAUACAAGGUUUAUUGGGAAAAUGGUGCUCAGAUCAUAUCUCCUCAUGAUAAAGAGAUUCUGAAGUGUAUAGAAGAAUGUGUGGAACCCUGGACUGGUUCCUGGAAUGAAAAUUUAGUGAAUACUAGCCCACUGAAGAGAGAUCCUCUGCAGGACAUUUGCAGGAGAUACAUGGAAGAUCUGAAAAAGAUCUGUUUUCACAGGGAAUUAAACUCAAAGACCACCUUGAAAUUUGUACAUACAUCUUUUCAUGGGGUUGGACAUGACUAUGUGCAGUUGGCUUUUCAAGUGUUUGGUUUUAAGCCUCCAAUUCCAGUACCAGAACAAAAAGAUCCUGAUCCAGACUUUUCAACCGUUAAAUGCCCAAAUCCUGAAGAAGGAGAAUCUGUGCUGGAACUUUCUUUGAGACUGGCAGAGAAAGAAAAUGCUCGGAUAGUGCUAGCCACAGAUCCUGAUGCAGACCGACUGGCAGUGGCAGAACUUCAGGAGAAUGGUCAUUGGAAAGUUUUCACAGGGAAUGAGUUGGCGGCUUUGUUUGGGUGGUGGAUGUUUGAUUGCUGGAAGAAAAAUAAAUCAAGAAAUGCUGAUGUGAAGAACAUUUAUAUGUUAGCCACCACAGUCUCUUCCAAAAUUUUGAAGGCAAUUGCACUUAAAGAAGGAUUUCAUUUUGAAGAAACAUUACCAGGUUUUAAAUGGAUUGGAAGUAGGAUAAAAGACCUCCUGGAAAAUGGGAAAGAAGUCCUUUUUGCAUUUGAAGAGUCUAUUGGUUUUCUGUGUGGAACUUCGGUUUUGGAUAAAGAUGGAGUGAGUGCAGCCGUUGUUGUUGCUGAGAUGGCCUCUUACCUGGAAACCAUGAAUAUAACAUUGAAACAGCAACUGAUUAAGAUUUAUGAAAAAUAUGGUUAUCAUAUUUCAAAAACCUCAUAUUUCUUGUGUUAUGAUCCACCUACCAUCAAAAGUAUAUUUGAAAGGCUUCGCAAUUUUGAUUCUCCAAAAGAAUAUCCAAAAUUUUGUGGGACGUUUGCUAUAUUGCAUAUACGGGACAUUACCACUGGAUAUGACAGCAGCCAGCCUAAUAAGAAAUCAGUGCUGCCUGUGAGUAAAAGCAGCCAAAUGAUUACAUUUACUUUCCAAAAUGGCUGUGUUGCUACUCUUCGGACAAGUGGGACAGAACCAAAGAUAAAGUAUUAUGCAGAGAUGUGUGCAUCCCCUGACCAGAGUGACAGUGCCUUACUAGAAGAGGAAUUGGAGAAACUCAUUGAGGCUUUGAUUGAGAAUUUUCUUGAGCCCAGUAAAAAUGGACUGAUCUGGCGUUCUGUUUAGUUUCCACCAGUACAUCAUUACUUCGCACUGGCAUAUGGAACAGAACAACCAAGAACUCCAUGCGUUGAACUCGUGUUAGUUUUCUCUCUCUAUUUUAUCUGGCCAAGUAUCUUUUUUCUUUUAUAUUCUUUCUUUUUGGUUGGCUGACUAAACAAACUGUUUGAAAUUCCACUAAAUUUGAAAUGAAGUGGUCUAGAGAGAAAUGAUUCAAAUGUUUUCAUAAUCUUGAACAAAAGUCAUUACAUUAAAAGUAUUAUAGUAACACGUCAUUCUUCCUUUAACAGAAACAAAACAUUACAAAAGUGAGUGUUCUUAUUAAAGUGUGAUUAAGCUUAGUUCCGUAUUCUUGUAAUUGUGUAUAGCAUGGUUUUAAAAGAAGGCAGAUAAAUGUUAUAUAAUUGUAGAUUAGUUAAGGAAAUUAAUCCAUAAAAUUGGCAAGAAAAUGGCACUGCUCCCAGAAUACUGUGGAAAAGUGUCAUUGUUACAUCACAGGUAUUAACUUACAAAUUAGAGUAUUUGAAAUAGGGUAUUUAACGUUUGUAGCUUAAAAUGGAUGUUUCAAUAUGUGGUUUCAGCACCUGUUUCAGGUGCUCUUUCUUGGUGCAGUGUAAAUUUAUUGUAUGUAUUUAAAAUUCCGACGUUUACUGAACAUAAAACAAUAGUGGCAACA